UUGAACUAUGCGUUUGGCAUGAGGAAGUGUGGAUCCUCUGGAUGAAAGAGAACUCACAGCAGCCCAGUAGCUGCUCUGCAUAGCUGUGCUCAGGGAUGUGUCCUGAGCCCCGCCCUCUAACACUGGACCCAGCUGCUCCAUAGAGCUGCACAGAAACACUGCUGCCUGCUGUCAGGGACUGAGGACCGACACACUGCUCACACACACACUUCAGGACGGCGUGUGACCAAACACACUGGAAAGAAGGAGAGUUCUAACUGAUAUAUGUGACUGGGCAUGACGGUGCGGGCCAAGCUGAGGGUGUAGCCACAUCUGGCAGAGACUGCUGAAGUGAGCAGGAGCCUCAGCACAGCAAACUCUCUACUUCAGAGGGAGCAUGGGAGAGAUGGAGGAGGACAGGGACAAUGUGGGCAAGCUGUUUGAGGACUUCGUACAGUCCUCGACCUGUAAGGGAGCCCUCCAGGCCUUCAACGUCCUCUGCAGGAGGCUGGACCUCGACCCUGCCGACAAUGACAUUUUCUACAGCAGUCUGAAGGCCAAGCUCACCUCCUGGAAGGCCCAAGCACUGUGGAGUAAGCUGGACAAGAGGAUGUCGCACAAGGAGUACAAGAAAGGCCAAGCCUGUGUGGGCACUAAGUGCCUGAUCAUCGGAGGCGGCCCCUGCGGCCUGCGGACAGCCAUCGAGCUCGCUUUGAUGGGUGCCAAAGUGGUGGUGAUCGAAAAGAGAGACUCCUUCGCCAGGAACAACGUGCUGCACCUCUGGCCUUACACCAUUCAUGACCUGCGGGGCCUCGGGGCCAAAAAGUUCUAUGGCAAAUUCUGCGCCGGGGCCAUAGACCACAUAAGCAUUCAAAAGCUGCAGCUGGUCCUGCUGAAGGUUGCCCUGAUUGUUGCUGUGGAGUUUCACAUCAAUGUGGAGUUUGUCAAACUGUUGGAACCUCCAGAGGAUCAGGAAAAUGAAGGUAUUGGGUGGAGAGCUGCAAUCCGACCUGCUGAUCACCCCGUGGCCAACUUUGAGUUUGAUGUCGUGGUGGGGGCUGACGGACGCAGAAAUACUCUGGAAGGUUUCAAAAGGAAGGAGUUCAGGGGAAAGUUGGCGAUAGCCAUAACAGCUAACUUCAUUAACAGGAACACAACUGCAGAGGCGAGAGUAGAAGAGAUCAGCGGCGUGGCCUUCAUCUUCAACCAGAAAUUCUUUCUCGACCUCAAAGAGGAGACAGGAAUUGAUCUGGAGAACAUCGUGUACUACAGGGACAACACACAUUACUUUGUCAUGACUGCCAAGAAGCAAAGCCUGCUGGACAAAGGAGUCGUCAUCCAUGAUUACAUAGACACCCAGAUGCUGCUGAGCAGUGAAAAUGUCAACCAGGAAGCUCUUCUGUGCUACGCCCGAGAGGCUGCUGACUUUGGCACCAACUACCAACUUCCCACGCUGGAUUUUGCCAUGAACCACUGCGGGCAGCCAGAUGUAGCGAUGUUUGACUUCACAAACAUGUAUGCCUCGGAGAACGCUGCUCUGGUCAGGGAGAGAUUUGGACACCAGCUGCUGGUAGCACUGGUUGGCGACAGCUUACUCGAGCCCUUCUGGCCCAUGGGGACGGGAUGUGCCAGAGGCUUCCUGGCUGCUUUUGACACGGCCUGGAUGGUAAAGAGCUGGGCUCAGGGUCGCACGGCUCUGGAAGUGUUGGCAGAAAGGGAGAGUAUUUACAGGCUACUUCCACAGACAACAACUGAAAACAUUGGCAAAAACUUUGAGCAGUACACCAUAGACCCUGGGACUCGGUACCCCAACCUCAACUCCGCCUGUGUCAGGCCACACCAGGUGCGUCACUUGUACAUCAGCACAGAAUUGAGUUCUUGCUCUCUGCAGCGUAAUGUUACCAUACGAAGACCUGUCAAUCUCAGCAGACAAGAGUCAGAAAUCAGACCGACAAGGCUUCUUACUUGGUGCCAGAAACAGACGGAUGGCUUCAGGAAUGUGAUGAUUACAGACCUGACGUCUUCUUGGAAAAGUGGCAUCGCCCUCUGCGCCCUCAUCCACAGGUUCAAACCCCAGCUGAUAGAUUUUGAUUCAUUAAACGAGGAAGACCACUCUGUAAACCUCCAGCUGGCUCUUGACAUCAGUGAGCGUGAGUUCGGCAUCGCGUCAUUCACAUCCGGGCAGGAGCUGAGUGUUGGUCAGGAGCUCGAUAAAACCAAGAUGAUCACCUACCUGUCCAAGUUCUACGAGCUGUUCCGCGGCACACCUCUACCUGCCUCAGGAUCCAGAGGAGUGGAUGAAAAUAAUGAAGAUUAUCCCUCUAAGGAUGUCAGAAGUAAUAAUAAUGUGCUCAAUCUUGCACAGCCCAGGAAACGGGUACCAAAGGAUGAACAGAAGACAGACGGUACAGAUCCCAUUUACAAAAGGAGGCGGAAAUUCUGCAGUUAUUUGGAGGAGGCCACCAAUUUGUCCAGUAAUGGCUCCCCAGUGCGAGACGACCAAGAGCCAAAGGAAAAUAAAGUGCGCUCAAUUUCUACUCAGUUGCUGGCCAAGUUUGAAAGCUCACCCAGACCCAGCUACUCCAUCAGCAAAACACAGGUAAACAAACGUACGUCUUCUUCCCUGCAAACUCUUACCUUUGCUGAGAGAGUGCACAUUGAACUGAGGCCUCGAGUCCCACCUAAACCUCCUCCUGAGAUGCAGUUUGAAGUCAGUAUCAGAAAGGCAGCCGAACACUUAGUGCGCCCGCCUCCCAAGACCCUCCCCAAACCUCAGCUGCAGCCCGAGGCCCAGCAUCCAUUUUCUGUAGUGAGGCUCAGACAUGUUGAUCAGACGCACGCUGAGACGAAGCCUGAGCCUCAGCCUGAGAGCGCAGACCCCCCCGCUCCGUCUCCCUCCUGCCAAUCUGCAAUCCAUUUCAUGUCGAGAGUCCUCCAGCGCCUCAGGGAGGUGGACGAACACGUCUCUGAGAAAAAAGCUCAGACACAACAGGCUAGAGAGUUUCACACAAAGAGUAUAAAGGAAAAAGCUGUUCACCUUAGGGGGUUGUUCUCAGCAGAGAGCUCUGCUGAGCUCAAGGGCGGCUCAGUACGAAGGGCAUUCCCCCCGUCGGGCGACAAGUGUCACUCAUGCGAGAAGCGUGUUUACAUGGUGGAGAGGGUCUGUGCCGAGGGGCUCUUCUUCCACAGGGAGUGUUUCCGCUGUUCCACCUGCAGCUCCACCCUGCGACAGGGAGCACAUGCCUUCGACUCUGAAGAGGGAAAAUUGUACUGUAAACUUCAUUUUGAUCAACGCAACAACGGGACAAACCUAUGGAGGAACUUGUCUUUUCGCUCUAAUCCAUCUGGAGCCAGAGUACAGGAGCCAUGUGUAGAUGAUGAACAGAGCUCACAGUCCAGCAGCCUUGUGGACCUGCAGAGUGAAUCCUCAGCAGGUACCUUCAGCUCGUUCAUGAGGAAACACCUGAGCUGGCCCCUGCGUGUGACGCGUGCUGUGUGUAACGCCCCCCGGUAUUUGUCCAAUCGUGUGCGUAGUACAGCACAGAGCCUCGCCGCCCACCUGAGGGACAAUGCCCAGGACUAUGAGCUCCUGUAUGAACUCCUGAGCGUGAGCUUGCCCCUGCUGCUAGUUUUACACGACGUUCUGCUGCAGAUGCAGACAGAGGCUCCUGAGGGGCCCGGCGCUCUGCAGCCUGCUCUGCUGUGGCUGCAGGAGCAGAUAGGGCACAGGCUCAUCUAGCAGACUCCAGCUGUUAAUAUUUGACUUCAAAUGCCAUUAAAUCUGUGGCCAAAGUGCACAUCAGCAGGAGUGUUCUCUUUUUAUUUAAUUUGUAGCCGUGCACAAGCAGCUUUGUAAUGUUUACUUGCCUUUUAUGAUGAUACUGCCCUUAGUGUCUUGUACAUCAGCCAAAGAGUCGCUGUAGGUUUGCUCAUUCAACCUUAGGGUUGAUAAAAGCUGCAUUUUUUUAUUUUGCAGUGGGUUUGAUGUGUAAACUGCACUCUUUGUUGGGUGAGAAUAAGUUAAAUUAAUAGUUAGAAGGUAGUUAAAAUGCAAAUAAAACAGGCCACAGUCAGUGCAUUAAAGGCUUGAGACUGCUGAAAUCAUCAUUGCUGUAGAACUCAACCUUUCACAAACUGUCUUGGAAAAUGUAUCCUGCAGUUAGAUGUUUUAAAUCAGGUCAUGACUGACUAACUUGAUGCACUUUAUUUUUGGGAACUGCCUCGUCGAAGCAGCAGUAAACAGCCAGCUCUCAGUUUAAUGCUGACCAGCAGACAGGUUAUCUUUUGACUAUGCAUACCUGCUCCUGCAAUAUUUGUUUCCCUCUAAGAUCUAAAUGCAGGUUUGUGUGUUUUACCAUUUUAUUUUUAUUUUUAUAUUGAACUCUCAGUUUAGUUUUUUAAGGAUUCUUGAAUGGAUAACACCAAAGAAUAUCUGCAAUGAGUUUCCCUCUCAGUAUUUAGUUCUACUUUGCUGCCAUCUACUGUUGACUCUCAGAAAAACCAUUAAAGCUCAAAUGAGAUACUAUGCCCAUUUUAAACCUCUCCCUGUAAAACAUAGCAUUACGUUUAAAAACAUUUAUUUAUGAUUUAUUUUAAUUUACUGUGGACAGUAGAAGCUGGUGAGCAUGCUGUUUGAAUAUGCUCGCCUUUCUUGCCAUCAUUUUAAAGCAUGUUGUUGGAAGAUCAACUGCAGGUCUCUUUUACUUUGGACACUAUCUAUUGAUGCCUAUGAAGCACUUCAGAGUUGUGUUUUUUGUAUACAAUAUCUGUGAAUGAUAUUUGCAAAGACUUGUUUUUACAGCAUGACGUGCCGGAUAUGCAAUUAGAUUUUUGUGUUUUGUUGUCAGCUACCUAAUUUGUUUUAUGUUUUUUAAAUUACUAAAUCUGCUGCAUGUAAUAUGAGCUGCUUUACAGUGUUUUAAUAUACCAAAGAAAUGACUCUUACACACUGACUGGACUUCAUACAUCUGUGCGACAAUACUUGUGAACUGUAACAUGUAACGGUGCCAGCGUCUUCUUUAUGAAUGUCAGUAUUUUGCUUUGUUUUCAUAAACGUUUUCAACAAUUUUA